ACUUUAAGUACCUCUUUCGAUGUCCAACAAAGUCUACGAAGCCCUACCACCUCCCAAGGAGAAGGUCAAACUAACCAUACCUGAGCUGAAGCCCGAACAAAUUGCAAUGCAAGAGAAGAUUCAAGUGCACUUCACAAAAGCGGGAUACACACUUCCCGGCAUCGAAAAGAGCGGCGAACUCAUGGAGGAGGAACAAUUUUGGUUGUCGUAUGAGUGUCAACUGAGGUACCUGCGUGCCACAAAAUGGAAGGUGGACGACGCAAUUAAGAGACUGGAAUCUACUCUUAAAUGGAGGAGAGAAUUCGGUCUUUACACUCAUAUAACUCCAGAAUAUAUUGCGCCAGAGGCCGUCACAGGCAAAGAGAUUUUGUUUGGAUACGACGUCUACGGCAGACCUGCCUUCUACAUGAUACCCAGUCGCCAAAAUACUACCGAAGCCACGCGUCAAAUUGAAUUUGCCGUAUGGAUGCUCGAGCGGUGCAUAGAUCUCAUGGACGAAGGUGUUGAAUCACUCUCCUUACUCAUCAAUUUCGCCGACAAGGCCAAAAAUCCCUCCAUGUCUACUUCCCGUACGGUUCUCUCUAUCUUACAGAACCAUUACCCCGAACGCCUAGGCAAGGCGCUUGUCAUCAAUGUUCCUUACCUUGUCAACAUUUUCUUCAAACUCAUUACCCCGUUCAUCGAUCCAAUCACGGUUCAGAAACUGAAAUUCAAUCCCGAUGUGGUAAAGGAUGGGAUUUUUGCUGAAGACCAGGUCAUGAAAGAAUUUUGGGGUGGAAAUCAAGACUUCGAGUAUGAUCAUGAAAAGUACUGGCCGACAUUGGUUGACCUCUGCAAGGCGAGAAAGGUGAAGUGGAUGGAUGAGUGGAGAAAGCUGGGCGGGAGGAUUGGUCUCUGCGAGUCUGAUUAUAAGAACGGGGGGAGUGGGCAACCUGUAACGGAUGCAGAUUCACCCCAAAAGGAAGAAGCGGACACCUCAACAGAGACACCCAAAGUAACGGAAGUAGGGGUACCUACUCUUGGUGUAAUCGCACUGGAAUCCGGAGACGGACCUGCCUCCAUAGAGCAGGCUGUUGGGGUGAACACUUCAUAGGUUUCUAGUACAAGCCUCUGAACGCCAAUGAACGUUUUACUUCGCUACAGGUUUGUUUACUUUACUUCUAGUACCUUCAUACUUAUUUUACAUCUAUCCGUACUUAUACCCGAGCUACACAUGGCCUGCUGAAGUCGUACAAGCUUAUACAUGCUCUUAAUGCAAAACAA